GUCAACCAGUGUUAACCUGAGACACUAAAAGCCUUAAAAAGAAAACUCAUCCUAGUAAAUGUAACAAAUAAAUUCGUUUACUGCCUUGGCUGUAGCGGGACAAUCGCAAUUUCGAUGGCGAGCACGACAGUCUCUCCUUUAGAGGGACUUACAGGAAGACCUAUCGGGUAUGAAGAUGCAACUUGGAUUCUCACCAGCGCCUUUAUCAUCUUCACCAUGCAGUCAGGUUUUGGACUCAUUGAAUCGGGAAUGGUUACGAUAAAAAACGAAACAAACAUAAUGGUCAAAAACGCCAUUGACAUCAUCUUUAGUGGUCUUUCUUUCUGGUUAUUUGGUUUCGGAUUAAGCUUUGGAGUGGACGAAGGUACGAACGCCUUCACAGGGGUCGGAUAUUUCCUUACAGAAGUGCCUAUCAACGAAGGAGAAGUCUACGCCAUGUACUUCUUUCAAAUGGCGCUGGCUUCCACAGCGACCACAAUUGUCUCCGGAUCUAUGGCUGAACGAACGAAUCUCAAAGCCUACAUGCUGUAUUCCUUCGUGAGUACGCUGACAACGUGUUUUCCAACUCACUGGAUCUGGGGCAAGAAAGGACUUCUUAAGGAACUUGGCGUCAUCGACAUCGCCGGCUGCUCUGGAGUGCACCUAGUCGGGGGAGCCGCGGGGCUCGCUGCUGCUGUCAUGUUAGGGCCUAGGUUAGGUCGUUUUGAUAACAACAAGAAAAGGCCCCAGCCAUGCUCCAUGACUAAUGUGCUGUUAGGAACGUUCAUGUUGUGGUGGGGCUGGCUGGGCUUUAACUGCGGCAGCACCUUUGGUAUAACUGGUGAAAAAUGGAAGUUAGCCGCUCGUGCAGCAGUCGUCACACUAAAUGGUUCAAUCGGUGGAGGUAUCGUCGCCAUUGCUUACAGCUACCUCCGAGACGCCGAAACAUUAGAUGUCCCAACUUUUGUAACUGGACUCCGUGGCGGUCUGGUAUCAGUUACAGGUAUUUGCGCUCUUGCCCGACCAUGGGAAGGCAUUGUGAUCGGACUGUUUGGUGGAAUGUUUGCGUGCUUACUGUCUGACGCCAUGAUUAAACUGAAGAUUGAUGAUCCGGUCAACUGCGUUGCUACACAUGCUGGAGCAGCAGUCUGGGGCAUGAUUGCUGUGGCUCUUUUUGCUGAACAAGAGAAAGACGAAGGAUUCUCUGAGGAAAAGGGCCUGUUUAAGGGAGGCAGCUGGCGACUGCUUGGUGUUCAGUUGCUCGCAUGUCUCGUAACAGCAGCUUGGGCAGUCGUGACAACAGUUAUUCAACUUUUUCUGAUCGAGAAGACAAUUGGAAUACGACUUACGCGGGAAGAAGAGUUACAGGGAUGCGACUUUGUAGAGCAUGGAAUCGGGGAAGAAACUGGGGACAAGGAACAGGGCGAGGAAGCCCUACAGAUGGAGAGCGCUAGCGCACCGGACCAUCUUAUUAGCUCCACUGAUAAACGAAAAGACAACGAGGGCUUACGAAAUUCGAACGAUCUGCGAUCGAUGUGCAGUAUGAUGUCGGAUGUGGAGGAACUUAUUGAGCAGGAAUUAUGUUAUCCUAUGAUUAAACAAAAGGAUACCGCGGACAAGUGUGUUCAAGUUAUCUCCGAACAUGGUGUGUUGAUAGAACUGUAAGAGAUUCUUGGGUAAGACAAAGAUGUAAAUACACAUAUUCUUUAACAUCUCAUUCGCACCAGAGUUUUGGCUUUAACCAUGAGAACACAAGCUCUUUCAUAUCAUAGUUACUUGCAGUAAUCCAUUUACAUAUGGCACGAUCCUCGCAGUAGAUAGCGCUAUUUAAGCAAUAGCGAAAAUCAGACCUGAAAAAAAUCAGGCCUGUA